AAGCCUCAUGUUUGUCAAAUAAGAACACCAUUCUCAGAGCCAGACCCAACACGCCUCUGUUUUUUGUAUUGGAUCCUAUGUGCAUUCUUCCUCUCACUCCACCACCUCCGCAAACAAAAACGACAAAAAGGAAACAACCACCGCAUGCAUGAUUCCCGCGACCAUCCAAUGCAACAGCACAAAAGAGCACUGCAAAUACAUUGAAUGGAUCCAUAGGGGUCUUUGAUUGCAUGUCUGAACUCUGAAUCCUGAAAAGUACUCUGGUUUGGUGUUAUCACAAUGGCUACUGGUAAAUGGAAUUGUUCAACUUCAAAUGCAUCUUCUUCCUUGAAGCUGUUGGUGUCCAUGGUGCCUCUAAUCUUGAUUGUGGGGCUUGUUUUUGUUCUGGGUUCUGGGUUUUGCAACUGGGAUUUUACUGGGAAAAGUAGUCCUCUGUUUUGGAGUUCUGUUUCUUCUUCUGCUUCUUCUUUUGAUGGGAAACAGAGAUCAGAAGGGGUUUUGGAUUUGAGGUCUGAAGCGGUGGUGGAAGUGGGUGGUUCUGAGAAGAGCAAAGAGAACAAAGCUAUUAUGAUUAAUGCAUCUUCUUCACCCACAAUUCCUGUUCAGGAAAACAUGCAAACACUUCAACAAUCUAAUGAAAGUCUCAAUGUUUCCAUACCUUGGCCUAAAAUAGCUCCUGGCAAUGAAACUUAUGUACCUCUGCUGACAAAGAAGCAGCAAAAGUUCAGCAUCUUGGAUAGAACAGAAGCCAGGCUACUUCGAGCUCGAGCUGCCAUUAGAGAAGCCAGAAACAGGAGUGAGAUACAAGAUCCAGAUUAUAUUCCUGUAGGUCCAAUGUAUAGGAAUGCUAAGGCAUUUCACAGGAGCUACAUAGAAAUGGAGAAACAAUUCAAGGUAUUCGUCUACGAAGAAGGUGAGCCUCCAGUUUUUCACAAUGGACCUUGCAAAAGCAUAUACUCCAUGGAGGGGAACUUCAUCCAUGCUAUGGAGAUGAAUGACAAAUUUCGAACAAGAGAUUCCGAAAAAGCACAUGUAUUUUUCCUUCCUUUCAGUGUAGUAAUGAUGGUCCGAUUCGUGUACAUAAGGGACUCCCAUGAUUUUGGCCCCAUAAGAAAAACUGUCACUGACUAUAUCAAUGUCAUUGGUGAGAGAUAUCCCUAUUGGAACCGAAGCCUUGGAGCUGAUCAUUUCAUGCUUGCUUGUCAUGAUUGGGGCCCAGAGGCUUCAUUCUCUACACCUUACCUACACAAGAACUCGAUUCGGGUGCUUUGCAAUGCCAACACCUCUGAAAGGUUCAACCCUGCAAAGGAUGUUUCUUUCCCUGAAAUCAAUCUCCAAACUGGUUCAAUAAAUGGUUUCUUAGGUGGGCCAUCUGCAUCUAAACGUUCAGUUUUAGCAUUCUUUGCUGGAGGGCUUCAUGGUCACAUAAGGGCUGUUCUUCUUGAGCAUUGGGAAAACAAAGAUGAAGAUAUCCAGGUCCGCCAGUACCUUCCGAAGGGUGUUUCUUACUACGCGAUGCUGAGGAAGAGCAAGUUCUGCCUCUGCCCCAGCGGGUACGAGGUGGCGAGCCCGAGGGUGGUGGAGGCAAUAUACACCGGGUGCGUCCCGGUGCUCAUUUCGGAGCACUAUGUCCCUCCGUUCAACGAUGUUUUGAACUGGAAGUCUUUCUCAGUUGAGAUCUCUUUGAAGGACAUUCCCAAUUUGAAGCAAAUUCUGAUGAGUAUUUCCCCAAGGCAGUAUAUAAGAAUGCAGAGAAGAGUAGAGAAAAUUAGGAGGCACUUUGAGGUCCAUUCUCCCCCUAAGAGGUUUGAUGUGUUCCAUAUGAUCCUUCAUUCUGUGUGGCUUAGGAGACUCAACUUCAGAGUCAAUGAUGAUCAGUAAGUUAUGGGCUUAUUGGCUAUCCCUUGUGUGACAAAUUACUUAGAACAAUUUUUCAUUGGCAAUGUACUAUAUGUGAAAUGAUUGUAUUAUAUCAUUGGCAAUCUUUUUUUGGUUCACCAUAGUAGGCAGAAGGCAAU